AAUCGGGAACGUCAAAGUGAAGUGAUUAUUGAAAAAAAAGACCUUCGGAAGAAAUUGUACAUUAUUCAAGGAAAACGCAAAUAGGCUGAGCCCGUAAUCCAAUUAAAAGUUCCACGCCUGCCACCGUUGGCGAACUAUCAAACAGUCCGAAAUCCAGGAUGUGGCCAAAAUUAAAUAUAAAAUAUUUCCCCAUUCUUACGCUACUCUGUGUGGCCAUUGUGUUCCUGAGCUUGGCACCGGUUAGCGGAAGUGCCGAAAAGGAGAUUCCUAUCACCAAGUUCAGUCAGAAUGUCGGUGGCUAUGGCGCGACGAUGACUUUCCUGUACUGCUAUUCCUGCGGUUAUCGCAAGGCAUUCGAUGAGUACUAUAACAUUAUUCACGAAAAGUACCCGGAGAUUACGAUCCGCGGUGGAAACUAUGACCCACCCGGUUUCAACAUGUACUUCUCGAAGGUCCUGCUGGUCACGAAGCUGCUGAUGAUCAUCGCUCUGAUGUCCAACUUCGACGUGUUUGGAUUCCUUCGACAGCCGAUGCCUUCGUGGUGGCGCUGGUGUACCGAUAACAAGUUGUACGCCUGCAUGAUGAUCUUUUUCCUUGGAAAUAUGCUGGAAGCGCAGCUUAUAUCAUCGGGCGCGUUUGAAAUUUCGCUGAACGACGUUCCGGUUUGGUCCAAGCUGGAAACGGGUCGCAUUCCUGCCCCUCAGGAGCUAUUCCAGAUCAUUGAUAGCCAUUUGCAGUUCUCCGAUAAGAUUGAGCAGAAUCCUGAUUUUGUCAAAUAAGUUCACUCCGGACCCACAACUAUUGGGCUGCUACUCGCUGAACUACUGUAGUAGUAGUAGUAGGGUUUCACUAUUUUCAAGUCAUUGCUCAUAUUGUAAAAUUAGUUGGGAUUUUAAUGUUAAGUGACUUUUCGUGUUUUUUUUUUUGUUUAAUUCAGCUAGUCUUUUGAGCUAAAAGAUAACCAGAAGCAAUCUAUUUCCUACUUUUUGCUGACCAUUUAGUAGAUUUCUUAUUUUCUAGCGAUUAAUAUGUGUUCCAAUCAACUUGAUGCUAAUUGUUCUAUAUUUUAAAACUUAAAAAUCUGAUAAACUAUUGUCGAAAACGAUAAACUAUUUGCAAGUCAUUACCAAAAAAAUCUUAAGGGUGAAUCAAACAUAUUGGAAGUAAUUUGUAAGGAAUGUAAUAUGUUACUCGUUGUGGAGGAUUGUAAAAUGAAAACAUUUUGGUACGUAGUGAAACUCAGUAAUCAAUAAUAAAGAUCAAGGGUAUGUAUAAAGUGAAGGUAAAAUUUGAGAAUAAACAAAUCGAAAUAA